GUCUUUAAAAAAAGAAAACUAUACCAUCAGUUUGAGGCUAAUCCUUCAGAAUUCAAAGAAAACGUGACACCCUGAGUGUAGACAUGAGGACUUUAAAGCAGGAUGCAGAGUAAACAUUCAAAACAGAGAACUAGGGACAGCUAAACAUCUUACAGGGUUUUAUUUCUAACAGCCUAAAGUCUUUCCAUAUCCCAUAGAAGCCACAGUCUCAGAGUCCUUCCCAACCAUGUCAUGACAGGUCCUAUUGUGACCUCAUGAGGAGCGAUUAUGAGGCGGCCCAGCAAACACAUAUUAAGCUGUUGCCAGGCCUGGAAUUCUUUGAGUGCUUUGAGAGGAGGUGUGGAGUGGAGCCCUCUGCGACUUGGUUGUAUCUAGUGAGCUGUGUGUGGUUGUAUCGAAUUUUACUGUACUGUGUAUAUGUGUAUGUAUCAGUGUGUGUAAGAGAGUGUGUGUUGACAGAUUGGCCUGUGUGUGAGUGCGUGUACUCUUUUGCCUGUGUGUUUGUCAGUAUAUGUAGGAGUGUGUGAGUUUACAGGUUUGUAUGUGUGUAUGUGUUUGUAUGUGUGUAUGUCUUCUUGUGUGUAUGUGUAUCCCUGUGUGUAUGUGUGUAUGUGUCUGACGUGUGUUUUUCCAGGUUUGCUUGUGUGUAAGUAUGCGUGUUUUGUGUGAAUCUGUGUGUUUGUAAGAGUUUGUGUGAGUAUAAGUUCACUUCUGUGUAUUUCUCUGUGUGUGCCUGUGUGUGUGCCUGUGCCUGUGUGAGUGCCCGUGUGUGUGUGUUUGUGUCUGUGUGUCUGUGUGUGCACGUGCCCAUCCCCUUUUGCCCCUUGUAUCUAUAUUACCUGCACCUCAGUGCAAGAGAGUGUAGAGGCCAAAAGUCACCCCGGCUGCUGUUCCUGAGGUAGCAUUAGUACUGAUAAAAUGCCUACAGAGACUGAGGAGGAGUUACCAACCCCUACACCCGAGCCCAGUAUCUCUGAGGAGGGCAACUUCCAUUCCCAAUACCAAGUAUUGGGGACAAUUGGGCAAGGGGGCAACGCCAAAGUCCUCCUGGCCCACCACCGGCUCACAGGAACCCCGGUGGCUGUCAAAGUUCUGCGAAAGGACAAGCAGUGGUUCCAGCCAGCCAUGAUGGAAGCAAACAUAAUGAGAAAGAUCAACCACCCCAACAUAGUGUCUCUCAUACAAGUUAUUGAAAAGGAAACGAGAAUAUACCUCAUAAUAGAGCUGGUGGAAGGCCAAGAACUCUACCAGUACAUCAGAGAGUCAGGGCACAUAGAGGAGGAUGAGGCCCGGCAAAUAUUUGAACAGAUAUUGUCAGCAGUGAGCUACUGCCAUGGAAAGGGGAUUGUUCACCGAGACCUCAAACUGGACAAUAUAAUGAUUGAUAAAAACAAAAAGGUCAAAGUCAUCGACUUUGGGCUUAGCAACCAAUUUCAACCUGGAAAAAUGCUAAACCACCACUGCGGCACGUACUCUUUUGGUUCCCCUGAACUCCUCCUUGGCCAUCGGUAUGACGGGCCGAAGAAUGAUAUGUGGAUUAUAGGAGUGGUCUUGUACUGUAUGGUAGUGGGAAAGCUCCCAUUUGAUUCAGUGAUCAUCCAAGAACUGCAAAGACAAGUAGUGGCAGGGGUAUAUCCUGCUCCCUGUGGGGUUUCAAAAGAACUGGAGGACCUCCUUAGUAAAUUACUGAGGGUAAAUCCCAACUUUAGUCCAACAGCAAGAAAGGCGAUGAAACUCCCUUGGUUCAAAGAACACUGGAACGGAUUGAUAGGUCCCUAUGAAGAAAUGCUUCCCCUCACACCAAACCCGGCCAUUUUGGAUGCCAUGAAAAGCAUUGGAUUCCAAGCCUCUGUAGUAAAACACUCUUUAAAACAAAGAAAAUAUGAUGAGGAAAUGGCAACUUAUUUCUUUCUACAAAAGCAGGCUCUCCAGGGGGAUGGCUGCACAGCCCAGGCACAGCAAGUGAGUCCCGUUGCAGCCCCAUUCCCUAGCCUUGAUCCUGCUGCUGUUUUAGAUUAGAACCAAAGAGGAGUGGAUGCCUGCCAGUCCUUGGCACCUUGCGGGUGUCAUCCUCCCAUGGUCAAGUAUCUCACUAUGGCCAGAAUGCUCAUCCAAAAGGAGGCAAAAGAUCCACUGUGGCUGGUCGUCUCAGGCCACUACCGAUGACACCAACACAGGACCACUAUCACAAAUGUGCCGUGAGUGUCCCAUUCAUUCAAACAACUAGCAUCUUCAGUGAGAAGAGUAGCAAUAAGGGAAUCAAAGAAGACAACCCACUCUCCCACAGAGCCCCAUUAGAGGAUAAGCCCAUCCCCAGCAGGGUCCGGCACAGAGGUUUUAAGGGGUGGACCAGGAAUAUAGCAAAUGCCCUGAUAAACUGUGUUGCUGCUUGCCAAGGAUUAAGAAACCUCGCCUGGGGCAGAACAGAAUCUCCGCGCAGAAAUGAGCCACAGGGAGAGUCCAGAGAACAAGCAGCAGGCAUAGCCCAGGUACCUUUGUGCUUUGUCCGUUUCAGUUUGCUCUAUGCUGGUCCUUCCUCUGUCUCUAGUUUCCAUUUUCCCCACAAUUCUUACCUUGUUUCUGCUCUAAGUUCUUUAUGAGGUUUCCCGAACACCAAGCCUUCUCCCUCAUCUUGAUUUCUCCUCUUCCCAGCAGGGACCCAAUAGGAUUGAUGAGUUCCACACUCUACAGAGUUUUCUAGUUGGCCCAUCCCUUCAGAUGGACUCCAGCUCCCCCUUAGUCCAAUACUCCCACAGGGUGAGGACUAGAGGUUCAUGGGCUCAUGGACUCCUCCACGGGCUACUGAUCUUUCACAUGUGGUCAUCAAUCACAAGUGCUGCAGAACAGAGUCUUAUGUUUUCAAAUGUAACAUCCCAUUCCAUUAAGCCUCAAAACUAAU